AACUUUUUGAACUGCUCGAGACUCACUUGGGCUUUAAAAAAAAUACAUAACGCGCUCUGAUAGGGAGCCCUAAACCCGCCUUUAUCUCCAUACUUACACAUCAAAACCUCCCCCAGACUUCGUACCGCCCCUCCUAAAUCCAACAGGAGUCACUAAAUUCGACAUUCAGUUUCACGUCCCGCACAGAGUGGCAUCUUCAGAAGGUAUUAGACGGAGCCAAGGUUAAUGAGAAGAAUAAAUAAAUGGGAAGCAAGAACGGCAGAUGAAUCUAAAGCAUUGCAAAACAAAGUUCAGCUGGACCAAGAAGAGAAAGGGUUUUUUUUUACGCGCACCUCGAUAUUUGCUAAAUGUGUGAGCAUGUCAGAUAAUGUCAGUACAAUAACAACAAAUACAUUGUACAAGAGGUGUCCAAUUUAGAGCUUGCGCAGCCAGAAGAGUCCUACAGUUUUGAGCAAACUUACUGCAUCUUUUUUUUUCUGUGGAGAGGUAAGGACACCUACAAGAGUUGCAGGACUGCCUUUUUCAAGUGGAUGCCCGAUGAAUUGGUAACGGAUUAACUGUGUUUUAAAGGGACCAACUGAUCUACAAACACCCCUUUACCGAGAACACCGCUAAUCCAUCCAAACUGAGAAAAAUCGGCUGAAAUCACGCCGUCCGUGGAUUGUACGAUUAACUUGGGGAGUUCGAGCUUUCGCCUGCUGAAGAUGACAUCGGAGUAUUUGCUAAGGACGCUGCUGAUGCUAAUUCUAGCGCUCUUCUCUGCAAAUGCUAGCAACUGGCUGUACCUGGCCAAGCUGUCGUCGGUGGGCAGCAUCUCGGAGGAGGAGACGUGCGAGAAGCUGAAGGGGCUGAUCCAGCGGCAGGUGCAGAUCUGCAAGCGCAGCGUGGAGGUGAUGGACGCCGUGCGGCGGGGCGCCCAGCUCGCCAUCGACGAGUGCCAGUUCCAGUUCCGCAACCGCCGCUGGAACUGCUCCACGCUCGACACGCUGCCCGUCUUCGGCAAGGUGGUGACCCAGGGCACCCGGGAGGCCGCGUUCGUGUACGCCAUCUCGUCGGCGAGCGUGGCCUUCGCGGUGACGCGGGCCUGCAGCAGCGGCGAGCUGGAGAAGUGCGGCUGCGACCGCAACGUGUACGGCGUCAGCCCCGAGGGGUUCCAGUGGUCGGGCUGCUCGGACAACAUCGCGUACGGCGUGGCCUUCUCGCAGUCCUUCGUGGACGUGCGGGAGAGGAGCAAAGGGCUGUCCUCCAGUCGGGCGCUGAUGAAUCUCCAUAACAACGAGGCCGGGAGAAAGGCCAUCCUGAACAACAUGCGUGUGGAGUGUAAGUGCCAUGGCGUGUCGGGGUCCUGUGAGGUGAAGACGUGCUGGAAGGCCAUGCCGCCCUUCCGGAAGGUGGGCAACGUGAUCAAGGAGAAGUUCGACGGCGCCACGGAGGUGGAGCAGCGGCGGGUCGGCACCACCAAGGUGCUGGUGCCCAAGAACUCGCAGUUCAAGCCGCACACGGACGAGGACCUGGUCUACCUGGACCCCAGCCCGGACUUCUGCGACCACGACCCCCGGAACGGGGUGCUGGGCACGGCGGGGCGGCGCUGCAACCGGACGUCCAAGGCCAUCGACGGCUGCGAGCUCAUGUGCUGCGGGCGGGGCUUCCACACCGAGGAGGUGGAGGUGGUGGACAGGUGCAGCUGCAAGUUCCACUGGUGCUGCUACGUCAGGUGCAAACAGUGCCGCAAGAUGGUGGAGAUGCACACCUGCCGGUGAUCCGCCCCCCCACCCCAGGGAACCAGCCCCCCCCUACUCCACCCCCCCACCCCCAUUUCUGAAAAUAAACAGGGGAGUAGAGAGGUCCCAGUGAUUCCAGACUUUAAAAGAGAGCAAACAAACAAACAAACAAAAAAGACGGGAUGAGAACUACAGAGACACAGUUUUAUUUUCUCAUUUAAAGUCCCAAAGGAUUUUUAUUUUUAUUUCAUUGCUUUUUGUUGCUUUUUUAUUUUUGUACGUUUUUUUUUUUUGUGUGUGUUUUUUAUUUAUUGUGUAACUCACAUUGAGAAAGAAAGCUGAGGUGUCCUUUCACCCCCUGGGGGCUGGACAGAUGGGAUGUCGGGGCGCGGGGGAGGGAGGGGGGCAGUGGGUCACAUGGGACGGGGUGAGAGGGAGUGGGAUGGGGGGGCGGUAGCGGUUCGCCCCCCCUCCCUUAUUGAUGCUGCUUUUUGGGACUGGUCUGGAGGCACAGACACAAGGAAAAACCCAAGGGACUAAAAAAAAAAAAAAAACUGACAGAAAAAAAGAAACGUCUUGAGUUGCAGUCCAGGUGUACAUUUAUCUUUUAUGUGUAAAAAGCGUUUCAGGUUUGUGGCCAUUGGUUUCUGUAUAGCAACGUGCUGCUCAACUUAAAAAGAAAAAAAAAAAAAAAAAAAAGAAAAAAAAACCCGCUUACAAUGUACAGAAUAUUUCUUCCA